ACUACAUCUACCUCAGCCUGGUGGGCUCAGAAGGCACAAGCGAAAGGCACCUGCUUGACAAGCCCUUCUACAACGACUUCGAGCGGGGCGCUACGUGACCCUUCACUGCAGAGAGAGGUUUGACAAAUGAAUAAAAGUGAAGAAGAUUCUCUACUCUUUCCUGCCUAUCCUGUGGGCUGCUAUAAACUCAUUUUGACAGCCAGCCCAAUUCCAGUUGAUACUUACGAUGUGACAGUGACUGAAGACCUGGGUGAGAUCCAGUUGAUAAAAAUUGAGAAACGGAAGUAUUGGUUUCCUGAUGAUUGGUACCUUAAGUAUGUCACUGUGAAAACACCAAUUGGUGACUACUUAGAAUUUCCAUGUUAUAGGUGGAUUACAGAUGAAAAAGAGGUGGUACUCCGAGAUGGACGAGCCAAGCUUUUUGGAGAUGACAAGACACAGGUCCUUAAGCAUCACAAGCGCAAAGAACUGGAAGAUCGUCAGAAGAUGUAUCGGUGGGCAGAAUGGCACCCAGGCUUUCCCCUGAACAUAGAUGCCAAAUCUCACAAGGAAUUGCCUCGUAACAUCCAGUUUGACAGCGAAAAAGGAGUUGACUUCAUUCUGAAUUAUACUAAAGCAAUGGAAAAUCUUUUUGUUAAUCGUUUCAUGCAUAUGUUCCAAUCCUCCUGGAGCGACUUUGCAGAUUUUGAGAAAAUCUUUGUCAGAAUAAGCAAUACAAUUUCUGAGUAUGUGAUGCAGCAUUGGCAAGAAGAUUUUAUGUUUGGAUAUCAGUUCUUAAAUGGGUGCAAUCCUGUAAUGAUCAAAAAGUGCACAGAAUUACCAAAGAAAUUUCCCGUGACUACAGAAAUGGUAGAAUGCAGUUUGGAGAGAAAUCUGACUCUGGAAGAGGAAAUAAAGCAAGGGAAUAUUUUCAUAGUGGAUUAUGAACUUCUGGAUGGCAUUGAAGGCAAUAAGACAGACCCCUGCACUAUACAGUAUAUAGCUGCUCCGAUCUGUUUAUUGUAUAAAAAUUUAGAGAAGAAGAUUGUUCCUAUUGCAAUUCAGAUAAACCAAGUCCCUAAGACAGACAAUCCUAUUUUCCUGCCGUCAGAUGCUAAGAAUGACUGGUUAUUGGCUAAAAUCUGGGUGCGUUCUUCUGAUUUCCACGUGCAUCAGACUGUUACUCAUCUCCUUAGGACUCAUUUAAUUUCUGAAGUGUUUGGAGUGGCCAUGUUCCGGCAACUGCCUGCUGUCCAUCCCCUCUUUAAGCUACUGGUGCCCCAUGUACGGUUUACAAUAGCCAUCAACACCAAGGCCCGGGAACAGCUUAUCUGUGAAUAUGGCCUUUUUGACAAGGCAAAUGCCACUGGAGGAGGUGGGCAUGUGCAGAUGGUCCAGCGAGCAAUGAAGGACCUCACCUACAGCUCCCUCUGCUUCCCUGAAGAAAUCAAGACAAGAAGCAUGGAAAGCAGUGAGGAUAUCCCAUACUACUAUUAUCGAGACGAUGGCGUCAAAGUGUGGAAGGCAAUUAAGAGCUUUGUGACAGAUGUUGUUGACAUCUAUUAUGAUAGUGAGGAGAAGGUGUUGGAAGACUUGGAACUCCAGGCUUUUGUGAAGGACAUCUAUGUCUAUGGGCUGAGAGGCAACAAGGCUUCAGGAUUUCCAAAGACAAUCAAGACACGACAGAAGCUGUCAGAAUAUCUUACAGUAGUGAUAUUCACAACAUCUGCACAACAUGCAGCUGUAAAUUUUGGUCAGUAUGACUGGUGUUCCUGGAUCCCUAAUGCUCCUCCAACUAUGCGUUGCCCACCACCUACAGAAAAGGGGAGUGUCACCAUUGAGUAUAUUGUUGAGAGUUUACCAGACAGAGGGCGCUCCUGUUGGCAUCUUGGUGCUGUUUGGGCCUUGAGUCAGUUUCAGGAAAAUGAAGUGUUUCUGGGGAUGUAUCCAGAUGAACACUUCAUAGAGAAGCCAGUGAAAGAGGCCAUGAGGAAAUUUCGCCAGAGUCUUGAUGAAAUUACCAGUUACAUUGCUGAACGGAACAGGAACAAAAAACUCCCUUACUGUUACCUUUCCCCAGAUCAUAUCCCUAACAGUGUGGCUGUCUGAGUCAAACUUCAAAGAAUGAAAAAAAGGCAGGGGAGUUGGAGUGAUAAUCAUGGCAAAUUAUCUACAGCCAAAUCAGCUGGCUUCAAUACAACAUGUCUUAAUUUGUGCAAGAUACUAUUAUAGUUUACAUUUUCAGAAGAUAUUUAAUCCUCAUAUAAUUGGUUGCUACUAUUUGAUAAGAAUUGUGUUAUAAUUAUCAGGAAAUACAAAGGCUUAAGGAAUAACUUUUAUCUUAAAAGCAGAACCUUUACCAAUGAGGAAACUGUCCCACACAUUUGAUUCUUAUUUUAUGUAAGUCAUCUGCACAACACCUUCUCCCACACACUUCUGGUGGGAGGAUGUUGCCUUUUCCCAGAGUCAAACAGAAAGAUGUUGCAUCUGGAGAAAUCCAGUACUUCCUUAGAUUCAUUGUUGGUUGGUUAGUCUGGUUGUUCAGUUUUCGCAGGCGCACAUCAGCCAUUUAAAACACAAUUUUUAAAAAAUUGAAGGUCAUGGACCUCUUGCUCCCUCACUGGAAUAGACAUUCAGUCAGAUUUUUAAAAAGAGAUGAGUUGGCUGGGAUGGAUAGAGAAGCACAGAACUUCUUGCCCAUCUCAAUAAGACACCCCCUCCAUAAAACCGAUUUACAGGAAUAUAAUGUCAUUGGAGUAUACUUUGACUAACUGUGCACAAAGGCUUUAAUACAAAUGUUUCCUUAAUUUCAUCUCAGAUAUUUGGAAAAUCUAAAACCAAACCUCUAGACUUUGUCUGCAGUAGCACAUUUCCUGCUGAGCUGUUGUGGCUUGGACUAAUCAGUCAAUAAUUUAGCUACAAGUUUCUAGCCUGCUUUUGUUGGGGCUCAGAACAACAGGUUAAGACAUUAAGGAUGGUCUCAGGGACAAGACACUAGCGAAAGAUGAAGAUGGAGUGGCUGAGCAGAAGCUUGCCACUGCCUUACCCUUUCCUGCCACCCAAGGGCCCAUAAUCAUUACCUGGGGCAGAAAGAGGAGGAGGUAGCAGCAGCAAUGGAGGGUGCUCCAUUCAUUUGCCAUUAGAAAGCAUGCUCCCCAAGCAUCACCCCACCAGUCAUAUUGUGAUCUGUAAUGCUGGUCCCCUCCUCAGUGUGAAAGGAUGCUCCACCAGGAAGCUUCCACUGCCACAGCCAAUUCUUCCCCACAGUCUCCAGCCCAAGUAAGGUUGGGAGGCUCACAUCUGUGAGGUAAGCAGGGCUGUAUUUGACCGCUGUGAGCUCUGCUCACUUUGGAAAUGCACACAAGGUUUUGAACAUGGUUAUUCACAUUUUCAAGUGCCCCUUUCAAAUGCUUGUGACAGCCCUAGUUAUAAGUAAUCAUUUUUUAUUUAGUCUCAUACAGACUGUUUGGGGUCUGCUAGUUGCCUAGCAGGAAACAAGGCCUCAUUAUCGACCUUUCUAAAGUCAGAAGGGUAGCACUAACCUUUUCUGAUAGUCCCCAAUCUAACAUAUAAAUACCAGCCUUCCUUGGAAGCCUUUGUGGAAGAUUUUACAUCGUUCAUAAGCACUUUUCCCUUUGUUGAGUUGCUUAAAUUCUUCCAUCCUGUUAAUAUUCAAUAGAUUAAAUGCUUAUUUCACUUUGAAAUAUUUCAAACCCGAUGUCAUUAUUAUUCAGCAUGCAAAAACUUUGUGCUUUUAUUUUCAUGAUUAACAAAGAGCUAACAAGAUAGAGAUGACUUAGCUGCUUCUGCAAAACACUUCUUUAGUAAAUUGGUUGUUGGGAAAAGACUGAGAUACUAUUAGAGCAAUCCAAACCCUGGCUGGAUAGUGGCAGAGCAUGUCCAUCUAUUGUAGCCACUGCCACCAUGCCAACCAGGUGGAAGGAACGUACAAAAGCCCACUCCAGCCUAUGCCAGCCUGGAGAUGGCAUAUAACAAUUGGGCUAAAUGCUAUUAAAUGAUGAAUUCUGAGCCAGUUCAUCCCCUCCCAUGAAUUGCCCUAUUUUGAACCCUCCUGUGGAUAACCAAUGGCAGGAAGCCUCCUGGUCGUACUUCUACCCUCCUGCACUUCUGGUGGGUGGAAAAGGGAGCUUGGCACCAGGGGAGUAAUGCUAGCACCACUCUGUGAGUGGAGGCUGGUAGACAGAGACCUCUAUCUCAUCCUCCACCACCCCAAGUGGUAAAUUGGGUUUGGAUUGUGAAAAAGUUAAUCGGCUGGACAACUACCAAUUCUAGUUUAAAUAAUUGUUGUAUAACGUAACAAUGAAAUGAAAUUUAAAAUAAGAAUAUUCACUAAUAGUGCAAAGAUUUGUUUACUGUAUUGCACUUUGCCUGCAUGUCUAGGCAGAAGUGAGUGCCACUGAGUUCAAUGGGUCUUAUUCCCAAGUAAGUGCACAUAGGCCUGGAGUGUAAAUUGUUUUACAUGGGAAUUAUGCGGAGUUGUACGUGCAAGAUUUUACUGCUUCCUUUUUUCAGAUAACUUAGGAAAAGCUAAUCAUUGACUAAAUAGUGCUGACUGGAAGAAUAAAAAAAAGUCAACUGUAGAAUGUAUCUCGCUGCAUCAGCUAUCUUAGUAUGCAGGGCCUUGCUCCUCCAAAAAUCAUAGUUUCAGUUCCACGAUUGCUAAAGUGAGAUCAUUAAUCUAUUUCAAGCCUUCCUUAAUAGGUCUCACUUGUAUUGCAAUCUUGUUGUGCAGAUUCAUUUUUAUUAAAACAAAGCUAUUUGUUUCUAUUGUUACCUCUUUUCAAAGGUUUCAAAACUGUGGACCACCAGUGAUCUGUGAGCUUCAUUUAGGUGGUCCAUGGCCUAUCUGUUGAUUUGUGGUUGAAGAUGGAAGAUGGUUCAUCCAUCACAUUCAGUUUUCAUAUUCAUUUUAAUUGUAUUUUUAUUGCUUUUAUUACAAUAUAUCAGAAAUAAAAGAAGCAAUAAAAAUACAAUUAAAAAUCAUACAACAUCUAGCAUAGUGCAUUACAAUUGCUACAAUAGGCAGAAAAAGAAUUGUGUCCACUGAGACCCUCAGCAAUUUUCAAGCAAUUUUCUGUGAGGGAAAAGGUUUGGGAACCACCACUCUAUUUCAAAACUUGAGUAACUGAGGGUUUUUUUCCUGGUGCCUAAUAAAGUUGAACCAGCUUCCUAUAGUAGAUUAAAUAGCACUACUUCAGCUGUCGUUUCAUGCCCCUUUUGUCAUCAAUAGUGCAUAGCCCUUCACUAAUGAAACAUAAGGAAGGAAGGUAAAGGGUGUUACGGAGCUUGGAAGAUUACUUUUAAAAAGUAAUAAAUUACAGUUACAAUUACACGGCCCAAAAAAGUAAUAAUUAGUGUUACAAUUACAAUUGCUCUGAAAGUAACUGAUUGCUUUACUUUUUCUCAAAAGUAAUCACUACAAUUACAUUUCAGUUACUUUUUUUAAAAAACGCCUACAAGGUGCUGGCCUUGGCUGCUGCACAUCUAAGAAGCCUAAAACAACAUUAAAAAUAAACACAUACAGAGACAGUAGAAUAGUUCUUUUUAUCCAGAAGAUAGCAAUGGUGGUCUCUCCGCUGGUAAGGGAGGUGGGGAGGGAGGCAGAGGCCAAUACUCAGAUCUUUGCACGUCAAACCAAGUGCCACCCCAACCCACCAGCAAGCACAAUCUCUCUCACUUAACCACCUCCCAGACCCUGCCCUGCCACCAACUAAGGGACACUCACCCACUUUUCACCCUGAGAUGCAAAAAAGUUAAAAUACUGCAUAUGCAGCACAGUAGCCAGAGAGGGUGGUGGAGGCCACUUUGUGUGCCAAGUGCAAACACAGUAUAUUCUCUCUCUCUCUCUGUCACACACACACACACACCACACACACACACACACACGCAUGAGUCACCUUUCACCUCCACAGUUUUUUUAUCUCCAUUCUGCUGCUGCCUCCUUCUCUUUUAUCCAUGUUCUUGCCCUCCGGCUCCUUUUCCCCUCCACUCCAUUCUUCACCACCACCAUCCAUUUUUUUAAACAAUUGUUUUCUCCACUAGAGAGCCAGUGUGGCAUAGUGGUCAAGGUGUUGGACUACGACCUGGAAGACCAGGGUUCAAAUCCCCACAUAGCCUUGACGCUCACUUGGGCCAGUCACUGCCUCUCAGCCUCAUGAAAACCCUAUUCCGUAAGUCGGAAUCGACUUGAAGGCAAUACAUUUACUUUUUUUUCCUCCACUCCACCCGUUUCACUCUCCACCUCCUCCCCUCAUCGCCUCCUACCCACCCACAUAGCAUGAGGGAGAGCGAUGCCGCACAGAAGCCCAGUUUGGGGCACAUGAUUUUAAUCCACAAAUCAGAGGAGCAGAAGACUUCCCCUGCUUCCCCCCCAAGUAAUGCCCCAAAGUAAUAAAAUUACUCCUAGUUCUAUUACAAUCAAAAUGUAAAGGAAUUACCCACUCGUUACUCAAAAACUAAUGAAUUACAAGUAAGCUCUGGGGUGUUACAAUAUUCUUUGGAACUCUCCCAGUAGGCAGCACUCAGUUCCACUGGUAUGAACUGAACACCAUGGAAUCUCUUUUUUGGUACAAACACUGAAAGAAAUGGGCAAAAUGUAAUAAAUUAAUCUUUAUUUAUAAUCACACACAAACAAGUUUGGUUAGCAACUGAACACUUUCAGCAUAAAACCACAUCCUUUCAAGCACACACUCAUCAAGGAAACCAAACCCAGCCCUACAUAGUAGCUGUGUAGCCCUGCAAAGUUUUAACCAGUCCUCAGAACUGGCUGAGUCUCCAGGCAGACAAUGGCAUCUCCAACCGGGCAAUAUGGUGGUGGUUGGUUUUUGAAUGUCUUUGAGAAGAAAGAUUUCCUUUAUUUUGUAUUUUAACAGAAUCGUUGUUUGAAAAAAGAGAGUUGAAAAAAACAUGUUGAGAUUAUCAUAUUUUGUUUCUUAUUUUUCCAGCUAUUUUAUGAUAGAUAUUACCACUUGUUUUUUAAAAAUUGGUUUAUAAAUGCUAUUAAUUAAAUUAAUUGACAUGUUAAUCCUGUACCUGUGUGGUUUUCUACACUGUUUUUUGCCUCUUGAGAUAAACACCUUCAUAUUUGGGAUUGCUUCAUGCCAGGCCUGUAGCUGGAGGGAGGAUGGGGGUGACCCCCCUCCCAGGAAUAUUUUGGGAAAUUGACUUUUUAAAUUUGUGACAUGACAAACAAUGACAACCUCCAUUUAAAGACUGAUAGCUUGCUUUAAGAACAGGA